AUGUCGGACAACGAGGGAGCUAACCAGGCUAACGCAGUUGCCGGAGGAAUGGCGGCGGCUAUGCUGGGGACGCUUUCGGUAUUUGACAGUCAAGCGCAGACUUGGGAGGAGACUAGAACGGCAAACGAAACUGUGACGGAGUAUGUGGCUGUGCUGAGGGAGCUGGCUCAACAUUGCAACUACGGGGACAAGCUGAAGGAGAUGCUGCGGGAUAGGCUCGUGUGUGGCAUUGCGGAGGACCGCAUACAGAGGAGGCUGUUGGCGGAGCCCAACAUGACAUUUGAAAAAGCCUUGAAAAUCGCGCAGGCCAUCGAAACAGCAAACAGGGAUGUGCGUGACUUGCAGCCGACGCUGGACAGUGCGGCGGGAAAAAUGCAACACCAAUGA